AGGUAAUCCUUGUACCUUCGGAACACUUUUAGCGAGGAACUUCGGAUGAGAUCUGCGCUCCGAACAAAAGUACCUUCGUACGAAGGACAUCAUCCACAUCGCGCCCGAAUUAGAAAUCGGUGAAGCAGCGUGCAAAUUUGUUUACAGGCUAUCUGUGCACAUAACUGCCCGCCUUCCGAGACUCACACACAUCCCGCCUGCGAGUUUCUGCGACGAUGUUCUCCUGGUUUAAGAGACAGACGCCGGAAGAACUACUGAGCUGACACCGAGAAACAAAACGCAGAGAAAAUAAGCGGCUGCUCGACAAGUCCGUUCGUGAGCUUGACCGUGAACGCGCGAGCCUCGUUAACCAAGAGAAAAAGCUCGUCGCCGAGAUGAAAAAGUUAGCCGGGCAGAAUCAAUUGGGCGCUGUGAAAGUUAUGGCCAAGGACUUAGUGCGCACUAGGCGCUCCAUCACCAAGUUUUAUGGCCUAAAAACUCAGCUUCAAGCUGUGGGCUUGCGCAUGCAAACGUUAAAGUCGACACAGGCUAUGGCAGAUGCCAUGCUUGGGGUCACGCGAGCUAUGAGGAGCAUGAACAGAGAACUUAAUGUACAGAGCCUGAACAACAUGAUGCGAGAUUUUGAGCGGCAGAACGAAGGUAUGGAGAACAUGACAGAUGUUUUGGGUGACGCAAUAGACGAUUCCAUGAUGGCAGACGGAGAGGAAGAAGAGAGCCAAGAACUCGUCAGUCAGGUGCUGGAUGAACUAGGUUGUAACAUAGACGCGCAGCUUCUGGACGCACCAAGUGGGAGCAAAGGAGCGCGAGUGCCAAAAGUCGCGGCACUUGGAAUGGAAACCUGCAAACCAGUUUUAGUGGGAGUCGACGAUACAACCGAAGUGUCAGGUGCUGGCAUUGACGAUGAUCUCCAGGCACGACUUGACAGUCUUCGAAAUAGAUGAGUGUAUCCAAAUGCAUGUUUAUCAUUC